CUAGCCAGCAAAGAAAACAUCAUGCGAAGGAAUUGCUAGACAGAAAGAAACACAGCCAGGACUCUUCCACAAAGACAUGAAAUUGAACUUCAAAUCGCUAUGCUUAACCUCUCUGAUCCUCUUGCUCAUGAGCUGCCCUGCAAGUUCAACUCCAACCCCAACUCCGACGCCUUGGCCGGAGCAAUUCCACGCGCUUCUGUACAUGAACCUAAGCGACGCCCGCCUUCAACUCACUGACCUCUGGUACGAUUGGCCCAAGGGUCGUAACGUCAACAUAAUCCGGAGGCAGCUAGUCGGCCACAUCCUGUACGACGUCGAGUGGGACAACGGCACGUCGUAUUACUUCACGCUGGGGCCAAACCCUACGUGCAGAGUGGUGGAUUUCGAGGUUGGGAUUCCGAGGCCAAAUUUUCUGGACGACGCUAAUUACCUUGGAACUCAGGUCACCGACGGCUUCCUCUGCCACGUGUGGGAGAAGGUCGACUUCAUUUGGUACUACGAAGAUGUUCUCACCCGAAGACCCGUUCGCUGGGACUUCUACGACGGAAUAUCGUCGCACGUUAUAACCUAUGAGGUUGGUGCCGUUUUGCCAGAUUCAGUUACCCAAGCGCCUGCUCAUUGUUUCAACCAGGACAAGCUUAAGUCCAAAACCACGUCGUUUAAUAAGUUUGGGCGCCCUGAUUUUGAUUCAUAGUGUAGAACGCAGAUCAUGGAAUUCCAUGUUCUUUGCCAGAACUUUUAAAUGUAAGCAGACAUAUUAUAUUUUUCAGCAUAUUA